AUGUGGUCACUCGAGACUAGAAUACAGAUUCUGUCAGCUGUACAAGUGGUUCAUGAUACUGUACAACUCAACCUGUUGCACCGCAGAUUAGAUUAUCUGACUGAUUGGCCCUGUUGCUCGCGUGUUGCUCCCGUGUCAGCGGCGGAAACACACGCCUGUUCUCGCUGUCCUCGCUGUCGAUCUGCUUCCAGAUGAAAUCACCGUCGGCGGGCCUCUUGCUCAGCUGCAUCGAGCAAUAUAAAAGGACGGGUGAUGAAGCAAAAGGAUAAAGCAAAGCAUAAUCUGCAACAAUCGAUUCAGAAGCUAAGCUCCAACCACAAAGACGAAAACAACAUCCGACAUGGCAUCCUUCCAAGCCGCAACGCUCUACUUUACUCUCAUUUUGCUGCUGCUGUCCGCAGCCACCGGUGACGACUGCACCCCGCGUCUGAAUUCUCUCACGGCAACCGAACAGCCGGCGUGCAGUGACGGGCGGAAGUCGAUCUUGGUGAACUUGUCCGUGACGAACGGGUGCGUCUUCCGGUCGCAAAAAAUUACGAUGUGCUACACCGAAAACUCGUUCGUGUGCAGGGUGCUAGAGUGCGUAAGGGGGAAGAUCCAAGCAUGCACGGAUGGCGAUGGAUUUGAAGCGUGUGCGCAGACGGUGUUCAGUGAGUGUAGGCGCGGUUUCACGUUUGUGUCAGCCGCUUCGAGCAUAUCGAGCUCGAGGGUGUGCUGUCAGUAUUAAGAAGCGCGUGAAAAGAAGGACGAUAGGGGCCUGAGCGUUGGUGUGUGGAUGAGUGUGGAUAACUGCUUAAAAAUUCAGGGAAUUUAGUGUUGGCUCGCUUGCGAAGUAAACAUGAUGCUUUUGAAUAA